UUCAUCCUCCUUAUUAGGCCUCUUUACGCAUUACUGUAUACUAAGGAUAUAUGGUAGAUAAUCAGAGGAUAAUAUGCCAUUAUCAUAUUUUGUAAAUAUACUGUUUAUUUUUUAUAUCCGAACGUAUAAAAUUCUUAAUCAAUCUACUAUAUCGUUUUAGAGGAGGAAACAUUAAAAAUGGAGCAUGAUAUGUGAACGAGCUCUAGUUCAGUAUCACACCUACCCACUCACUCAUCCAUACACGCAUUUACUGACCGACUUCGAAGGCUGUUCUUAUCUUGAUAGUUGCAAAUCAAUUGCGCGAUAUACCUUUGGAAAUAAUGAAUCUCGUCUCGAUCAAACGAACUCGGGACAGGAACUCCGCUCAAAUAAAAGCGCAACGAACGCAGGCAAUAGCGACCAACGUGUUGACACAGGCACAUCAUGUGUCCCGAGCGAAACGAGGACAAGCGAUUGGCGGCAUUCGAGGAUUCCGUGGAUGUACAAUUUGGAUGACGGGGCUCUCUGGCGCUGGAAAAACUUCUAUUUCUUUCUACCUUGAAGAGUACCUUAUCUCGCAAGGAAUCCCCGCAUAUAGCUUGGACGGCGACAACGUGCGCACCGGUCUGAAUCGUAAUCUCGGCUUCAGCAAGGAGGAUCGCGAGGAGAAUGUGCGUCGCGUCGCCGAAGUCGCGAAGCUCUUUGCGGACGCCGGUAUCGUUGUUUUCUGCAGCUUCGUGUCUCCAUUCGCGGCAGACCGGAGAAUGGCACGAAAGAUUCAUGAAAACGCCAAUUUGCCGUUUUUCGAGGUGUUUAUCAAAGCGUCGCUUCAAGUCUGCGAAGCUCGCGACGUCAAGGGACUGUACAAGAAGGCGCGUCAAGGUAUUAUCAAAGGUUUUACUGGUAUAGACCAGAGUUAUGACGUACCGGUCGAGCCCGAUCUCGUCGUCAACACCGAGAACGCCUCUGUUGAACAGUCCGCCAAUGUUGUCAUCGACUUUCUCCAACGCAAACAAAUAAUACCAAAGUCGAACAGCAUGAAGCAACGUGACCAAGAACUGUUCGUAAAUGAGGACAGACUGGAAAGUGUCCGAAAAGAAAUGACAAUACUUCCAGUUUUAGAAAUCGGGAAAAUUGAUGUGCAAUGGAUACAAGUUCUCGCCGAAGGAUGGGCGGCACCUUUGAGAGGAUUUAUGAAAGAAAACGAGUAUCUUCAAACGUUGCAUUUCAACUGCCUAUAUGAAAACGGGGUUCAAAUCAAUCAAUCGAUUCCCAUUGUUCUCGCUGUGAACACUGCCGACAAGGAACGUCACUUCGGUGCGACUGCACUCGUCCUUCGAUAUCAAAACAAGAAUCUCGCUAUCUUGCGUAAUCCGGAAUUCUAUUAUCACCGCAAGGAAGAGCGUUGUAGCCGUCAAUUCGGCACUAAUGAUUCUAGACAUCCUUACGUCCGGAUGAUUCAGGAAUCUGGCGACUGGUUGGUUGGCGGCGACUUGGAAGUAGUCGAAAAAAUCAAGUGGAACGACGGUCUGGAUCAUUACAGGCUGACGCCCAACGAGAUCAAAACAAAAUGUCGUGAGAUCGGCGCUGACGCGGUUUUUGCCUUUCAGCUGAGAAAUCCGAUACACAACGGACACGCAUUGCUAAUGCAAGAUACGAGAAGACGUCUUCUCGAGCGUGGGUUCAAGAAACCGGUUCUUCUUCUGCAUCCUUUGGGUGGCUGGACUAAAGAUGACGAUGUUCCCCUGCCAGUUAGAAUACGGCAACAUGAAACUGUCCUUGAAGAAGGUGUCUUGCACAAGGAUACUAUUCUUGCUAUCUUUCCUAGUCCCAUGUGUUACGCGGGUCCUACAGAAGUGCAAUGGCAUGCCAAAACUCGCAUGAUUGCAGGAGCAAAUUUCUACAUCGUCGGCAGAGAUCCUGCCGGUGUGCCUCAUCCCGACAAAUCUGCCACGCCAGACGGCAAUCUUUAUGACGCCACUCACGGGGCGCGUGUUCUUUCAAUGGCGCCGGGCCUGCAGAAUCUCGAAAUUAUUCCCUUUAGAGUAGCCGCUUACGACAUCAGAGUGAAGAAAAUGUCGUUUUUCGAAGCCGAACGGCAACAAGACUUUCUUUUCAUUUCCGGCACCAAAAUGCGCAGUUUGGCAAAUGGCGAAGAUCUUCCAGAAGGCUUUAUGGCACCAAAAGCGUGGAACGUUGUUGCGAGAUAUUAUCAAACUGCGCAGCCAGAAGCGAAUUAAAAUAAAUAAUUAAUGUUUACAAAAUAAUUAUUAAUUUUUAAUAUAAAGUUAGCAACUAAUGUAAUUUGCAACUAAUGUAAUUUUUAGUAUUAUACAUAAGCAAAAUUUGAAAAACUUCGUUACACAAAAAAUUACUAGGACAAUAAAAAAAAGAAGUGAACUCCGAUGAAAGGUAUGUGGGUGAACUAUUAUGUGAAAAAUAGCGGAACAAGUUUUGCAUUUCGUCACUAAUCUAUAUAUUAUAUCUUUGAUAUAUGUUUAUUUAUUGCAUCAAAGGACACGGAAGGAUAUUUUGUAGCUUAAACAUAGUUGACAAUCACCCGAGAGUUGAUGAUGGGAAAGUAUUCUGUAUUUCUUUAAUCCGGUAUAUCUGCAAUACAAUAUUCUACCAUUCUUAA